AUGCCUGAACCUAACGUUACCAACAUAUCCCAUGUGGUGGACAACAUCAUCAAGUCAGAAGAAGACAAAAUAUCCUAUAGAGGCCUGGAAUUAACUAAUGGAAUGAAAAUUUUGUUAAUCAGUGAUCCCACAACUGAAAAAUCUGCAGCUGCUUUGGAUGUUCACAUUGGCCAUAUGAGUGACCCCUGGCAUAUACCAGGACUUGCCCAUUUCUGUGAGCAUAUGUUGUUUCUUGGAACAGAGAAGUACCCCUCAGAAAAUGAGUUCAGUGGAUUUUUAAACCAACAUGGUGGAAAUGAUAAUGCAUUCACAAGCACACAACAUACCAACUUCUAUUUUGAUGUGGCUCCGGAGUUUUUGCAAGGAGCUCUCGACAGGUUUUCUCAGUUUUUUGUUGGACCACUCUUUACCGAAAGUGCUACAUGUCGAGAAGUCAAUGCUGUUAACUCUGAGCAUGAAAAAAACUUGCAAGAGGAUGUGUGGCAUUUAGACCAGUUGGAAAAAUCCCUUGGAAAUCCAAAACAUGACUUCAGUAAAUUUGGAACAGGAAACAAAGAGACAUUAGAAGAGAUCCCAAAGUCUCAAAAUAUUGAUGUAAGAGAAGAGCUUUUGAAGUUCCAUGAGAAAUGGUAUUCAGCCAACAUUAUGGCUCUAUGUGUUAUAGGUAAAGAGUCUUUAGAUGAGUUAAUUGAAAUGACAGUACCCUUGUUUUGUGAUGUGGAGAACAAGAAUGUCACAGUUCCUGAGUGGUUAGAACAUCCUUAUGGACCAGAACAAUUAAAGCUCCAAACCAGUGUUGUUCCAGUUCAAGAUAUUAGGGAGUUGCAUCUCUCAUUCCCUGUUGCAGAUCUUCAGCAGUAUUAUAAGGUAGAUCAUGUUUCAUAUUUAGGCCAUUUGAUUGGACACGAGGGACCAGGUAGUCUUUUGUCAGAACUGAAAUCUAGAGGAUGGGCAAAUUGUUUAGAAGCAGGUUACGAGAAUAAAGCGAAAGGAUUUUCUUUUUUCGUUGUCAGUAUGGAAUUAACAGAAGAAGGCAUUGAACACACUGAUGACAUCGUGACACUGAUCUUCCAGUACAUUAACAUGUUGAAGAAGGUAGGACCACAACAAUGGAUCUAUGAGGAGUGCAGAGAUAUUGCUGCAAUGACGUUUCGCUUCAAAGAUAGAGAGCGUCCACAGUCUCUUGUGUGUGAUUUAGCAGAGAUGUUACAUAUGUAUCCAAUAGAAGAUGUUCUGUCAGGACCGUAUUUGAUGUUGGAGUAUAGACCAGAUCUCAUUGAAGACUUACUGAAUAGGCUUAGCCCAGACAACAUUAAGGUUUCAGUUAUUGGCAAGAAGUUUCAAGAUACGGUAGAUGCUAAAGAAAAAUGGUAUGGGACCGAAUACAAGCUGGAGAGAAUUACAUCAGAACAGUUAAAGGAAUGGGAGAAUGCAGGCUACAACAAAAGUUUUCAGUUGCCUCCAAAAAAUGAAUACAUACCAUCAAAUUUUGAUCUUGUUCCAAGACAAACUGAAUUCGGAAACCUUCCUCAAAUGAUUAAGAAUACUCCAAUGUUCCGGGUUUGGUUCAAGCAGGACAAUGAAUUCCUUCUUCCUAAAGCUAACCUUACUUUCAAGUUUAACAGUCCACUAGUUUCAUUGGAUCCUCUUCAUGAAAUUACCACCUGCUUGUUUGUACAGCUCUUUGAAGAUGCUUUGAAUGAGUAUGCUUAUGCAGCUUAUAUGGCAGGUCUCACUUAUCAAUUAUAUGACACUGAAUACAGCAUAAAUCUAUAUAUCUAUGGGUAUAAUGAUAAGCAACACAUUUUGUUGAAAACAAUCAUGGAAGAGAUAACACAUUUUAAGGUUGAUCCAAAACGUUUCAAGAUUCUGAAAGAAACAUAUAUUCGAGAUUUGAAAAACUUUUCUGCAAGGCCAUCGUACAAACAGACCAGCUAUUACACCUCAGAGCUAUUAUGUGAAAAGUGCUGGACUAUAGAAGAAGUCUUGGGAGCUUUUGAUGAUUUGACACCACAAAAGGUUGAAGAACAAAUUCGUCAUAUACUUUCUCGUGUUCAUGUUGAAGCACUAAUGUAUGGAAACUUGACAAAGGAGCAUGCAUUGGAGAUGAUUGAUAUAAUUGAGAACAGUAUUAAAGAAUCUGUCAAGUGGCGACCUCUUCUGGCAAGUCAGUUAGUUUUGAAGAGACAAUAUAAGCUCCCAGAGGGUAGCCACUUUAUAUUUGAGAAAGAGAACAACAUUCAUCGUACCUCAUGCAUAGAAACCUACUACCAGUGUAGUUUACAGAAUACAGAACAAAACAUGCUACUUCAUCUCCUCUGCCAAAUUUUUGAGGAACCAUGUUUUAAUAUUCUUAGGACAAAAGAACAAUUAGGGUAUAUUGUUUUCAGUGGUAUAAGAAGAUCUCCUAAUGAACAAGGUCUGAGAGUUCUGGUUCAGUCAGACAAAUCUCCAUCUUAUGUAGACACCAGAGUCGAAGCAUUCCUUGCUUAUAUGGAGAAUUACUUAAGCCAAAUGACUGAUGAAGAAUUCAAGGCCCAUAAAGAUUCUGUCACUGUCCAUUGUUUAGAACGACCUAAAAACAUGUCCGAACAGUCGGAUAGGUAUUGGGAUGAAAUUUCAUCCCAGCAGUAUAACUUUGACAGAGAAAAUAUUGAAGUGACAUUUCUGAGGACAUUGACCCGAGAAGACAUCCUCAUCUUUUUUAAGUUGGGUACCCUUGCUGAUAUCAGUAUUGUUAAUGGUUAUAAUGCAUUGUUUCAUCAGUUCGGUACCCUUGCUGAUAUCCGUAUUGUUAGUGGUUAUAAUGCAUUGUUUCAUCAGUUCGGUACCCUUGCUGAUAUCAGUAUUGUUAAUGAUUAUAAUGCAUCGUUUCAUCAGUUGGGUACCCUUGCUGAUAUCAGUAUUGUUAAUGGUUAUAAUGCAUCGUUUCGUCAGUUGGGUACCCUUGCUGAUAUCAGUAUUGUUAAUGGUUAUAAUGCAUCGUUUCGUCAGUUGGGUACUCUUGCUGAUAUCAGUAUUGUUAAUGGUUAUAAUGCAUUGUUUCAUCAGUUGGGUACCCUUGCUGAUAUCAGUAUUGUUAAUGGUUAUAAUGCAUCGUUUCACCAGUUGAGUACCCUCAAUGUUAAGAAUAUUUUCAGCUGUUAUCCUAAUAUCUCACAGUGUUUG